UUUCUAAAUCGGUUAUUUUUUUAAGUGAAUGUAGUCUCAUUUAUCCCUCGCGGUUGCGGCUAAGCAAUGUAUACUUGUAUAGCAAUAAAUAAUAAUGGGUUAUUUUGUAGGACGAAAAAAAAAAAAAAAAAAAAAAAAAAAAACAACGUGAAAAAAAGAGAAGCAACCCAUCUCUCCUUUCUCCUUCCCAUCUCCACCACCACCAAUCCUCCAUUAUUAUAUAUAGAGUACACACACUCUCUCUCCUUCUCUCUCAAUCUCAUUCUCUCUCUUCCUUCUAGUUUUCUGUGAUCGGUAGUUCAACACAUUCACACUUUCUUGGAGUCUUCUUCUUCUUUUUUUAUUACCAUAAAUAUUUGACUCCUCUUUUUCUUUUCUCUAUUAAAUUCAAUAUCUUUCUAAUUCUUGGUCUACCCUUUUCCAUCAUUAUCUGUUAUUUUCAUUCCAAUUAUUGAUUACCCAUCUGGGAAUUUCCCUCAUUGUUCAUCUUAAUUUAUAAUCAUGGGUGAUGCUAGUGGUAAUGUGGUUGAAGCCAUAGAUGGAACCAUCUCUCUGGCUUCUGCAUUUGCUGGUCAUCAAGAAGCUGUACAGGAUAGAGACCACAAAUUCUUGACAAAAGCAGUCGAGGAAGCUUAUAAGGGGGUUGAUUGUGGACAUGGGGGUCCGUUUGGUGCUGUUGUUGUUUGUAAUGACGAAGUAGUUGUCAGCUGUCACAACAUGGUGUUGGAGUACACAGACCCAACUGCACACGCAGAGGUCACAGCUGUAAGAGAGGCAUGUAAAAAGCUCAAUCGACUCGAGCUGGCAGAUUGUGAAAUAUAUGCAUCUUGUGAACCAUGUCCAAUGUGCUUUGGUGCUAUCCAUCUUUCAAGAAUUAAGAGGUUAGUAUAUGGGGCUAAAGCUGAAGCUGCCAUAGCAAUCGGUUUUGAUGAUUUCAUUGCUGAUGCAUUAAGAGGCACCGGAGUCUAUCAAAAGGCUAACCUUGAAAUCAAACAAGCUGACGGGAACCAAGCAGUCCUCGCUGAGCAAGUAUUUGAGAAGACCAAGGCCAAAUUCUCCAUGUAUUGAAAUUUCCCAUUUCCAGUUCUUAAGAAUAAAUCCAUUUUUCAUAGAACUUCUGAUUUUCUGUACAAAUUAAUCCAGGAAAUCUUUCCUACCGAUUUAAAACACCAUUUCCUUUCUCGAAAAUCAUCAGAUUUUCAUGGUGUAUAGCUGCACUCUACACAAUUGAUCAAUGCAUACCAUGCUUAUAUUCAGUCGAA